AUGGCCUCCCCUCGCCGCCGUAUUGAGACUGAUGUCAUGAAGAUGUAUGCUUCUGCGCUUAUGAGCGAUUACGAAGUGACCUUGGUUCACGAUAACACGCCAUUUGAAGGCGGCGUCUGGAAGGUCCACGUCGAACUGCCGGACCAGUACCCGUACAAGUCCCCAAGCAUCGGCUUCGUGAACAGGAUUUUCCACCCGAACAUCGACGAACUGUCUGGAUCCGUUUGCCUUGACGUCAUCAACCAGACAUGGUCACCCAUGUACGAUAUGAUCAACAUCUUUGAAGUCUUCCUGCCGCAGCUCCUCCGCUACCCGAACCCGUCCGACCCGCUCAACGGCGAGGCGGCCGCCUUAUUGCUCAGGGACGCCACAACGUACGAAGCCAAAGUAAAGGAUUACGUCUCGAGAUACGCGACUAAGAAUGCGGCGGACGAGGCCGGCGCCGAGAGCGAAGACGACGAUGACCUCUCCUCGGUGGGGAGCUACAACGACGAUGACGACGAGGAGGCACAGCCGGCGGGCCAGAUGGAUGACGUAUGA